AUGGAGACGGAACGAAGAAGUGCAGCGGCGGCCAACUCGAGACGCGCCAAACGACUGGCCCAACAAGCGCAUAAAACCCAUCCGGUCAUUCAAGCGAAACAGAAUCAGGUUCGAGCGUUUCAUUCGGAAACUUUAGACGCAUUUUUUGGGUUACAGAUGUAUCUGAUCACUACUCUUUCGCAAGUUCAAGCCGAUAACUCGCUCAUCAAUCGUGCUCUUCCGAAAGAAAUACUUCUCAAGUGGGAGACAUCUGAAUUCCACUGUAUCCCAUUCCUUUUCUAGAGUGUUCUCCUUCCUCGACACAAAGGCCCUUUGCCGUUCCGCCCAAGUCUGUCGCGCCUGGAACAUUCUCGCGUUGGACGGAUCCAAUUGGCAACGCGUCGACCUGUUCACCUUCCAAAAGGACGUCAAAGCGGCCGUCGUUGAGAAUCUGGCACGUCGCUGUGGAGGAUUCCUGAAGGAGCUCUCUCUGAAAGGAUGCGAGAAUGUGCACGACUCGUCGCUCCGCACUUUCACUUCCAAGUGCCCCAACCUCGAGCAUCUGAGCUUGUACCGUUGCAAGCGAGUCACUGACGCGUCGUGCGAGAACCUCGGCAGAUUCUGCCAUAAACUGAAGUAUCUGAACUUGGAGAACUGCGCUUCGAUCACCGACCGAGCCAUGAAGUACAUCGGCGACGGCUGCCCCAACCUCACUUAUCUCAAUAUUUCCUGGUGCGACGGCGUCAUGGAUCAUGGUGUUCAGACCAUUUUCCAAUCGUGCACCGAGUUGGACACGCUGAUUUUAAGAGGAUGCGAAGGGCUCACUGAGAACGUGUUCGGGCCUGUCGAGGGAAAUAUGGGAUCGCUGAAGAAGCUGAACUUGUUGCAGUGUUUUGUAAGGGAUUUCUGUUUGAAAUUAAUUAAGAGUGGACUAUAGAGAAUUGCAAUAGAUCAUAUUUGAAAGUCUUAUUUUUCAGCAAAUCACCGACACGACCGUGCAGAACAUUUCCAACGGCGCCAAGAUCCUCGAGUACCUGUGUCUCUCGAACUGCAAUCAGAUCACCGACCGCGCGCUCAUUUCGCUGUCCCACAACUCGUCGAACCUGAAAGUUCUCGAGCUCUCUGGCUGCCAUUUGCUCACCGACAACGGCUUUGUGCCGCUGGCCAAGGGAUGCCGUCAAUUGGAACGUAUCGACAUGGAGGACUGCUCUCAAAUCACCGAUCACACCAUCCAUUCGCUCGCCAACAUGUGCACGGCUCUCCGCGAACUCAGCCUCUCGCACUGCGAGAAUGUGACCGACGAGUCGAUUCAGAAUCUGGCGGCGAAACAUCGCGAAUCAUUGAAAGUGCUCGAAUUGGACAACUGUCCUCUUCUGACGGACUCGACUCUGUCGCACUUGAGACAGUGCAAAUCACUGAAGAGAAUCGAUUUGUACGAUUGUCAGAAUGUGUCAAAGGACGCGAUUAUUCGAUUCCAGGUUCGGAAACACUUCAGAAUCCCUUGAAACUCACCGUUUUCCAGCAUCACCGUCCGAACAUUGAAAUCCACGCGUAUUUCGCUCCGGCCACGCCUCCCGCCGACAACAUCGUCAAUCGCGGCGGUAGGUUGUAGUGCCACUUCUUUCUCUAUCUCUUUGAGUUUCUUCAAUCAGGCACACCCGGUCAGGUAUGUACUUUCGCCGAAAACGGCGGACAAAAGGCAUGGUGUGGCUGGUUGACUUAGGAUAGAAAUAACCAGAACUAAUCGGUGUGAUCAUUAAUAUUAGUUUGGCUGAAGACAAUAAAGUGUCUCGUUUUCAGGCAUUUGUCGCUGCUGCGUCAUCUUAUGA